UGACUUCAGGCUGAUAGAUAACAGGACCUUUGACACGCUGACUUCAGGCUGAUAGAUAACAGGACCUUUAACACGCUGACUUCAGGCUGAUAGAUAACAGGACCUAUGACACGCUGACUUCAUCAGGCUGAUAGAUAACAGGACCUUUGACACGCUGACUUCAUCAGGCUGAUAGAUAACAGGACCUUUGACACGCUGACUUCAUCAGGCUGAUAGAUAACAGGACCUUUGACAUGCUGACUUCAGGCUGAUAGAUAACAGGACCUUUGACACGCUGACUUCAGGCUGAUAGAUAACAGGACCUUUGACACGCUGACUUCAGGCUGAUAGAUAACAGGACCUUUGACACGCUGACUUCAGGCUGAUGGAUAACAGGACCUUUGACACGCUGACUUCAGGCUGAUGGAUAACAGGACCUUUGACACGCUGACUUCAGGCUGAUGGAUAACAGGACCUUUGACACGCUGACUUCAUGCUGAUAGAUAACAGGACCUUUGACACGCUGACUUCAGGCUGAUGGAUAACAGGACCUUUGACACGCUGACUUCAUCAGGCUGAUCGAUAACAGGACCUUUGACACGCUGACUUCAUCAGGCUGAUCGAUAACAGGACCUUUGACACGCUGACUUCAUCAGGCUGAUCGAUAACAGGACCUUUGACACGCUGACUUCAUCAGGCUGAUAGAUAACAGGACCUUUGACACGCUGACUUCAUCAGGCUGAUAGAUAACAGGACCUUUGACACGCUGACUUCAUCAGGCUGAUAGAUAACAGGACCUUUGACACGCUGACUUCAUCAGGCUGAUCGAUAACAGGACCUUUGACACGCUGACUUCAUCAGGCUGAUCGAUAACAGGACCUUUGACACGCUGACUUCAUCAGGCUGAUAGAUAACAGGACCUUUGACACGCUGACUUCAGGCUGAUAGAUAACAGGACCUUUGACACGCUGACUUCAGGCUGAUAGAUAACAGGACCUUUGACACGCUGACUUCAGGCUGAUAGAUAACAGGACCUUUGACACGCUGACUUCAGGCUGAUGGAUAACAGGACCUUUGACACGCUGACUUCAUCAGGCUGAUCGAUAACAGGACCUUUGACAUGCUGACUUCAUCAGGCUGAUCGAUAACAGGACCUUUGACACGCUGACUUCAUCAGGCUGAUCGAUAACAGGCCCUUUGACACGCUGACUUCAUCAGGCUGAUCGAUAACAGGACUUUUGACACGCUGACUUCAUCAGGCUGAUCAAUAACAGGACCUUUGACACGCUGACUUCAGGCUGAUAGAUAACAGGACCUUUGACACGCUGACUUCAUCAGGCUGAUAGAUAACAGGACCUUUGACACGCUGACUUCAUCAGGCUGAUAGAUAACAGGACCUUUGACACGCUGACUUCAUCAGGCUGAUAGAUAACAGGACCUUUGACACGCUGACUUCAUCAGGCUGAUAGAUACCUGGACCUUUGACACGCUGACUUCAGGCUGAUAGAUAACAGGACCUUUGACACGCUGACUUCAGGCUGAUAGAUAACAGGACCUUUGACACGCUGACUUCAGGCUGAUCAAUAACAGGACCUUUGACACGCUGACUUCAGGCUGAUAGAUAACAGGACCUUUGACACGCUGACUUCAGGCUGAUAGAUAACAGGACCUUUGACACGCUGACUUCAGGCUGAUAGAUAACAGGACCUUUGACACGCUGACUUCAGGCUGAUAGAUAACAGGACCUUUGACACGCUGACUUCAGGCUGAUAGAUAACAGGACCUUUGACACGCUGACUUCAGGCUGAUAGAUAACAGGACCUUUGACACGCUGACUUCAGGCUGAUAGAUAACAGGACCUUUGACACGCUGACUUCAGGCUGAUAGAUAACAGGACCUUUGACACGCUGACUUCAGGCUGAUAGAUAACAGGACCUUUGACACGCUGACUUCAGGCUGAUAGAUAACAGGACCUUUGACACGCUGACUUCAGGCUGAUAGAUAACAGGACCUUUGACACGCUGACUUCAGGCUGAUAGAUAACAGGACCUUUGACACGCUGACUUCAGGCUGAUAGAUAACAGGACCUUUGACACGCUGACUUCAGGCUGAUAGAUAACAGGACCUUUGACACGCUGACUUCAGGCUGAUAGAUGACGGGACCUUUGACACGCUGACUUCAGGCUGAUAGAUAACGGGACCUUUGACACGCUGACUUCAGGCUGAUAGAUAACAGGACCUUGAUCCUGGCUUCGUUUUUUCUUCUCCUCCUCCUCCCCCAGCCCUUUAGGUCCUCUAUUGAGAAGUCCUGACUGCAUCCCUCAUGGAACCCUAUUCCCUAUAUAGUGCACUUCUCUAGACCAGCGACCUAUGGGCAGUGCACUAUAAAGGGAAUAGGGUGCCGUUUGGGACACAGAUUCUCAACUAGGCUUCUCUUUUGAUGUUAUUUAUAGGGCGCUCUGAUCUCCGUGUUAACCCUCCCUCUCUACCGCCUGCCCGUCGCAGAAAAACAGCUUUGCAUGCAGUAUUCACGUUAAUAUCAUCAUGUCUAUCUUUCCACAGCUGUGGGAGAUCCUGUAUCAUUAAAAGCUGAUUCUAACCCCAGUCAGUCUGUCUGCCAGGAGAGGCAUCAGAUAACUCAAUGUUAGAGUAGAAAAGUGUGUGAGGAGCAGAGCCCCUGAGCUUCUCCGCUCCUCUCUCUGUGUCCUCUGUGUGUGGGGAGCAGAGCCCCUGAGCUUCUCCUCUCUCUGUGUCUCUGUGUGUGGGGAGCAGAGCCCCUGAGCUUCUCCGCUCCUCUCUCUGUGUCUCUGUGUGUGGGGAGCAGAGCCCCUGAGCUUCUCCGCUCCUCUCUCUGUGUCUCUGUGUGUGGGGAGCAGAGCCCCUGAGCUUCUCCGCUCCUCUCUUUGUGUCUCUGUGUGUGGGGAGCAGAGCCCCUGAGCUUCUCCGCUCCUCUGUCUCUGUGUGUGUGGAGCAGAGCCCCUGAGCUUCUCCGCUCCUCUCUCUGUGUCUCUGUGUGUGUGUGUGGGGAGCAGAGCCCCUGAGCUUCUCCGCUCCUCUCUCUGUGUCUCUGUGUGUGGGGAGCAGAGCCCCUGAGCUUCUCCGCUCCUCUCUCUGUGUCUCUGUGUGUGGGGAGCAGAGCCCCUGAGUUUCUCCGCUCCUCUCUCUGUGUCUCUGUGUGUGGGGAGCAAAGCCCCUGAGCUUCUCCGCUCCUCUCUCUGUGUCUCUGUGUGUGGGGAGCAGAGCCCCUGAGCUUCUCCGCUCCUCUCUCUGUGUCUCUGUGUGUGGGGAGCAGAGCCCCUGAGCUUCUCCGCUCCUCUCUCUGUGUCUCUGUGUGUGGGGAGCAGAGCCCCUGAGCUUCUCCGCUCCUCUCUCUGUGUCUCUGUGUGUGGGGAGCAGAGCCCCUGAGUUGCUCCGCUCCUCUCUCUGUGUGUGCACGGUUGGCCAGUAACUGUUCAGUAAACAGAGGUCUAUCCCUCAUGGCCAGCAGCCUCCCUCUUCUGUCUGGACUCCAAACACACACUACUGCUCUCUCUCCUCUUACUCCUGACUUGGAGGGCUGACAGUCUACACAGUCUGGUGCCCCUUUCGGGGGGGGGGGGGGUUCAGGAUUGACUGUGUGUGUGUCUUUAAGACUGGACAGUGUGCCUGUGGAGUUGGGGAGAGGAAAGGGAUAGAUGAGGGUAAGGAAAAGGUGAGGGGUAUUCACCCAGUCAGACUACUGCUGUCUCCCUCCGCCCGUCACCCAGUCAGACUACUGCUGUCUCCCUCCGCCCGUCACCCAGUCAGACUACUGCUGUCUCCCUCCGCCCGUCACCCAGUCAGACUACUGCUGUCUCCCUCCGCCCGUCACCCAGUCAGACUACUGCUGUCUCCCUCCGCCCGUCACCCAGUCAGACUACUGCUGUCUCCCUCCGCCCGUCACCCAGUCAGACUACUGCUGUCUCCCUCCGCCCGUCACCCAGUCAGACUACUGCUGUCUCCCUCCGCCCGUCACACUCCGACCACAAACGGACAGGAGUGCUACGCCACUGCUUACAUGUGUUCUUCAUGCAGGUCAAGGAGAACCUCCACAGCGGCCACCUGAGGAUGUGUUCGGGGCAGGCUGAGGAGCUGAGUGCCCUGCUGGCCCAAGCCGAGUUCAGAGACUACAACCAGAACACAGCCAAGUACUGGUACUCUGAGCUGUGUGGGAGCGAACCCUGCCCGGCAACAGUCAACAGUAUCAUCUCUAAGCACAAGGCGUUGGAGGGUCAGAGCCCGGGGUCAGUGGAGUACCAGGCCCUGCAGCUGGUGUCCAGCCUGGAGCACUACGGGGUGGAGUGGCACUGGGCCAGGGACGCAGAGGGACAGAGGCUGGCCAUAGGGGUACGCCCUGAAGGUAUCGCUGUCUGUAAAGAGGACUUGAGCCUGGUCAACAGGAUCAGCUAUCCUAUAAUCCAAACAGCCACCCAGUCAGGGAAGAGUGUUUACCUGACGGUGACCAAGGAUACCAGCGACAGUGUGGUUCUGCUAUUCAAGCUGAUCAGCAACCGGGCAGCAAGCGGACUGUACCGGGCCAUCACUGAGACACACGCCUUCUACAGGUGUGACACGGUGACCAGUGCGGUGAUGAUGCAGUACAGCCGUGACUUCAAGGGUCACCUGGCGUCUCUCUUUCUCAACGAGAACAUCAACCUAGGCAAGAAGUACGUCUUCGACAUCCGUCGCACCUCCAAGGAGGUCUACGACUACGCACGCCGGACGCUCUACAACGCCGGCAUCAUGGCGGCGGGCGGCGAGAGGACGCCGUCGGGGCGCAGUCCGCUGCGUGGCCAGGAGGAGGGGCUGGGAGAGGACUGUGGGAGCUGUCAGCAGAGCAGGGCGCUGCUGGAGAGACUAGAGAAACUCAGAGAAGCUCUGCUGUGUAUGCUGUGCUGUGUGGAGGAGAUUGACUCAGCCUUCUGCCCCUGUGGACACAUGGUGUGCUGCCAGACCUGCGCAAACCAACUACAGUCGUGUCCGGUGUGUCGGUCGGAGGUGGAACACGUGCAGCAUGUCUACCUCCCCACCUGCACCAGUCUUCUGAACUUCACCACCACCUCUCACGAUGGCGACGACAGCCCCGGCCCCAUCCACAGAGCUAUGUGUGGUCUAGGACACACCUGCCACACCAAGGACUACUGCAAUACCAACACCCAACACGACUCCAACAACAUCUACCACACAGAGACAUAAAACCACUUCACCACUCCCAGGCUGUGUACCAAAUGGCUCCCUGGCACUACAUGGGGAUUAGGGUGCAGUUUGGGAAGCACCCCAGUCCAGUUCCAACAGCAUUGGGUUCUGUUGUGUUGUUUUCACCUUGCCACUCUACCUGACGGUGGUAUUUUCUCCACUCCACACUGUCAAUGAUAUGGAUUAUUUUUAAACCAAUGAUGGACUUGGGAUUUUUUUUAAUACUUCCCCUCCAUUUUAGAUUUAGGUUUAUUGCGUAUUAUUAUUUAGUUUUAAUCUAAUUUCAUCAGUUGAUCUGAUCUGAAUUAGUGGCGCUAUUUUGAUUUAUUUCACAGUUUUUGAUUGUGUUUUUUUCUCCAUAUUGGUCUACAGAACGUGAAUUAUCUAUUGGGUUCAUAACCUGCAGCGUUUGUACAAUACGAGGACGUUCUGUGUUCUAGGAGAGGAGUAAGGCAACGUAGAUAGUCAUUCAGUUUUAAACUUUCAUUUACAUUUUUAAACCGUUUCUUUUAAGCUUUGAGAAUCUCAUUUUAUGGUUCUAAUGGAGUGAAACGCGUUUCAUUUUUUUUUUGUUCGUUUCCUGUUUAGUUGUUUGUUCUCCAUGUGGUUCCUAUGGUUUCCAUGCCAAUGAGAAGUUAUUUGAGGGGUAGGAAGCAGCCCGACCCUAGCACAGCACAGCAUUCUGAUGUAGAGAUGGAAUGCGUCCCAAAUGACAUGCUAUUCCUUAUAUGUUGUGUACUACUUUGGGCUCUGGUCAAAAGUAGGGCACUAUAUAGGGAAUAGCAUGUCAUUUGGGAUGCCGCUGUGGGUAAGUCUUGACGAUAAGCCCAGUAUUAUUCUCUUCAUGUGUAGCUGGGUUCUGGAACCAAACCAGAACUUUGACAGGGAAAGAGAAAUGGUUGAAUGACCCUCCCUUAGAAAAAAGACCCGAUUCAAACGGAACUCCAUGACCUCCAUCCAUUCAUUAUUUUAUCCCAUAUGAACAGGAACCCGCAGAAAUGCAGGUCCCCAAAAAUAAGAUGUACUCAGUAAGUCAUCUGUGAUUUUAUUUAUUGCUAAGGCUGUUUUUCUAGCCUGAUCCCAGAUCUGUUUGUGUUGCAUCACUAACCCAGACCAUAGAAGUUAUUUAUACAACACAAACAGAUCUGGGAUCAGCCACUACUGUGUAUUCUGUGAUCAGUAUUUCUGUUUUUAUGUGGUCAACUAGUGAGUUCCCUAUGAUUUCAUUAUUAAAGGGUACUAGUCUAUCAGUGCAAUACUGGCUGCUUUUUGAAAAGCCUUUUUGAUUUAUUUCUUGUGUGGAAUAUAUUUGUUUUUCUAUCUACAAUCACUUUACCAAGGAAGCUUCCCAAGUGAAUUAUCUGUAGGGUUUUGCCUUAUUAAUGUAGCAACAUGGGUGUGUCUCCCAAAUGGCACCCUAUUCCUUACGUAGUGCACUACUUUUGACCAUGGCCCAUAGGAUUCUGGUCAAAAGUAGUGCACUGAAUAGGGUGCCAUUUUGAGACUCACUCACAUCGUGUUUUUGGUAUGCGUUCUUUCUUUGCACAGACUUUCUUUGUUUUGAAAGAUGAUGAAGAAUGUUUUCUUUAUUGCUGGAACCGUUUGGCACAUUGUCACUGCAGGGGAUUGAUGGUUUUGUUCACUUUGUACAAGUAGGAUUUGUUUCUGUUUUUUUGAAGCAAAAACCUAUGCUCUGUAAAUGUAGAAAGAAAUUACUUUGGAUCUUUUGUAUGUUAUUUCUUUGAAUGAGAAAAGUGUUAAUAAAGUUUUUUUUUUUAAACAUUA